AAUCAAUUUGUGUUUCUUAUCGCUCGCUCUCCAUCUCAAUCGUCUCGAUGCAGUGCGAUUUAUCUGUUGGUGUCUUUUUCCACUCGUAGUUGGAGAAUAUCUGUGUUUUGGUGCCAUAUGUCUCAUAAAAAAGGGACUUGAUCGAUUAGAAGGAUACUCCCUUUGAUUUGAAUUUCGGUGCUGAUGAUUUGAAUCAGCGUUUUUGGUUGGGAACUUAUCCGAAGGUUUAAAUUUGAGCUGAUUUUGACUUUUUUAGAUAUUUUUAUUAUAUAAUAAUGUUCAUACAGUGGUGGUUUUGGUAAACUAACGCUAUCAAGGAAUGGUAGAUGGGUCACUCUCGACCAAUCGCUAUCUUCAGAUUGUGCUUUUAUUCCUGUUAAUUAAUUAAUAUCUGACCCUUCCAGUUCCUAUUUUUUAUUGUGGCUAGAAUUAGUAUACUUGUGGCCAUGAUCUUUGUAUGCGAGCCAUGACAUUAAAAGUUUGUUUGUGGCUGUUCUAAUAUAAGGAGAGAAGGGGAAAAAAGUCUUAGCUGAACUUUUGAGGUUACUUUUUUGGUGUUUUGGUGCAUGAUCUAUUGCUUGUUGUAGAGUUUCAUCUUUCGAUUAGUAUUGCUGCAGGGUUUUCUCGUAUAUCAUAUGUUGUUUUAGGAGGUCUAUUUGCUACAAGUUUGUUGCUUCAACAAUGAGGAGUAGAGGAGAUGGAGGCCAAAAGAGUCACUUGGUCCCAUAUUUGUGUAUUUUGUUGUUUGUUUUAGUUUUCCUUUUUCUAUACGGUGGCUCCUUCUUCGGAUCUCAUGGGCAGCAUACGAUCUCUGCUAUAGAGUAUGGAAGUAGAUUUUCAAAAUCAAUUGGUUGGGGGAAUGAGGAAAACGGAGAAGUUGGUAAGUCCGAAGAAUCCUUUUAUGGCCAAGAAGAUGGUGGGGACAAUUUCACACUGAAGACCCUUCCUGUCUGUGAUGAUAGGCUCUCAGAGUUGAUUCCGUGUCUUGACAGAAAUCUUAUAUACCAAACACAUUUAAAGCUGGAUUUAUCCUUGAUGGAGCAUUAUGAGAGACAUUGUCCACAGCCUGAGAGGCGUUAUAAUUGCUUGAUACCUCCGCCACCUGGUUACAAGGUUCCAAUAAAGUGGCCAAAAAGCCGAGAUGAAGUAUGGCAAGUCAACAUACCUCACACCCAUCUUGCUCAUGAGAAGUCGGACCAGAACUGGAUGGUUGUCAAAGGUGAUAAGAUUGUAUUUCCUGGAGGCGGCACCCAUUUUCAUCAUGGAGCUGAUAAGUACAUAUCAGCAAUCGCCAAUAUGCUUAACUUCACAAAUAACAAUUUAAAUAAUGAGGGGAAUAUUCGGACUGUUCUUGAUGUUGGUUGUGGUGUUGCAAGCUUUGGAGGUUACCUGCUCUCAUCUGACAUCAUUGCAAUGUCAUUGGCGCCAAACGAUGUUCACCAAAACCAAAUUCAAUUUGCUCUCGAGAGGGGAAUUCCUGCUUACCUCGGUGUAUUGGGCACAAAAAGGCUCCCUUAUCCUAGUAGAUCUUUUGAACUUGCCCACUGUUCUCGUUGUAGAAUUGAUUGGAUUCAAAGGGAUGGAAUCCUUUUACUUGAAUUAGAUAGGUUGCUUAGGCCAGGUGGAUAUUUUGCUUACUCUUCGCCCGAAGCGUAUGCUCAGGAUGAAGAGGAUAUAAGAAUAUGGAAGGAGAUGAGUGCCCUAGUUGAGCGAAUGUGUUGGAAAAUUGCUGCGAAGAGAAAUCAGACUGUUAUAUGGGUGAAGCCUCUUACAAAUGAUUGUUACAUGAACAGAGAGCAUGGUACUCGCCCUCCUCUUUGCAGGUCUGAUGAUGAUCCUGAUGCUGUUUGGGGAGUCCUGAUGGAGGCUUGUAUUACUCCAUAUUCAGAACAGAUUCAGAGAGAUAAAGGGAGUGGUUUGCUUCCUUGGCCGGCUCGGUUAACUGCCCCUCCUCCCCGUCUUGCUGAUUUUGACAUUUCCACUGAAACAUUUGAAAAGGACAUGGAAAUAUGGCAACAGAGGGUUGAUAGCUAUUGGAGCAUAUUGAGCCCUAAGAUUCAACCAAACACUCUGAGGAAUAUAAUGGAUAUGAAAGCAUAUAUGGGAUCAUUUGCUUCAGCUCUUAGAGAUAAAAAUGUUUGGGUAAUGAAUGUGGUGCCAGAGGAAGGACCAAACACCCUAAAGAUUAUCUACGACAGAGGUCUAAUAGGCACUGUCCAUGACUGGUGUGAGUCAUUCUCAACAUACCCUCGAACAUAUGAUCUGCUCCAUGCUUGGACCGUCUUCUCCGAUAUUGAGAAGAAAGGGUGCAGCGCCGAAGACCUACUCAUUGAGAUGGACCGAAUACUCAGGCCGACGGGGUUCAUAAUUAUUCGUGACAAAGCUCCGGUCAUUGAAUUCAUUAAGAGGUACUUAACGGCGCUUCCAUGGGAUACAGUGGCUGUUGUGGAAGCAGAAACCAACUCAGAUUCAGAAGUGGGGGAGAUGGUUUUUGUGAUCCAGAAAAAGAUGUGGGUUGUAGAUGACAACUUCAAAGACUCGGCAUAAGAAAGAAUGGCUUGAUCGAAUGCGUUUUUUGAUCUGUUGUGAUUGGUCUCUCUUUGCUUCUGCAGUUGGUGCAAAGGAUGGGCAGAAGCGCUAGCAAAUUGAUUUGAUUAGCAUUUAUUUGUUUAACUCAUAUUUUGCUUUGUUCUAACUGUUGCAACACUAUUAUUUCAUUCAUUUGUUUGUGAUCCUUUAUCUGUAUUUUUUUUUUAAUGUUGUUGUUGUUUUUUGUUUCCUUUUUUUUCUGUUGUGCUUUUUAUCUGAACAAUUCAUUUGAUGGCGUACACUAAGAUGCUAAUAUGAUCUUUGCUUUUAA